GAGAGCAAAGCACAACUUCUAUCAGCAGCGGACAAACACACACUCUGACACACUCGUACACACACAGAUCAGCACAGGACUGUCAUACACACAACUCUGUCUUCCUGGGAUAUGAACACUCUCGUCCUCACCUGUCUCCUGUGCUUCGUAGUCUACAGAGCUCCUGGCGCUCAGGGAUCUGAGGCCAAGUUGACCACUGUACUAGCCGGAGUGACAGGGGGUCCAGCCUCCGGGGAGGGCCUCCUGAGUUCGAUGAGCUAUGAUGAAGAGCUGGAUAUAGAUGAAGAACUGUCAGGAGGAGACGACGGAAAUUUCAGCCUUCCUGAAUUACAUCCCAGUAAAGAUGACAAGAAGAAAAGGAAAGGCAAAGGCAAGAAGAAGAGCAGGCUCAGGAACAAAAGCACAACUCCUUUUAAUCCUGAGCACAGGUUCUCCACGAGCGGACACACAUCAACUCACACACUGACUCACAGCACCACAGAGGACCCCUGCACCUCCACCCACCAGGACUACUGCAUUCAUGGUUACUGCAAGUACAUCGAGGGCCUGCACGAGCCAGUGUGCAUAUGUAUGAAGGAUUAUGACGGAGAGCGCUGUGGGAUCUACACUCUGAAGACCAAGUUCCAAACCCCCCCAAACAACACUGAGCUGGUGCAGACAGUUUUAGUGAUCAUUGCUGUAAUCCUGUCAGUCAUCAGCUGCACGGCCAUCCUGCUCAUGACCUGUGCUCAUUACAGGUCGCAUAAAAACUUCCUGGCAUCCUACCUGGGAACUGGGUCUGAGCAGGAGAAGCUACAGAAACCGAUGGCUGACGUUGUGGUGUGAAGGCAUCGGGUUACAAUGAGCUGGCUGCAAGAUCCAAAGACGAUGCAGAUCAAAGGAGUCUGAAGAUCUGAGAAAGAAGUAGAUUGAAUCGACUGCUUUAUUAGAUCCUUCAUAUUGAACAAAAAAACAUUGUCAGAACUUGUUAGAAUGUAAUUUAUUAAGUGUGAUUAUUUAUUGCUAAAAACUUUGAGAGUUUUUAUGUUGCGUUGCUGUUAUGAUGUCUGUUAUUUUCGUUCUGUAGGUUCUGUUUUAUUUAUUGCACUGCUGUUAUAGGUCAGACAAACGCUCUCCAUCCCGCUCUGGAAAUGGGAUGGAACUUGAUCACCAUUCACCAAUAAAGUGUCUCAGUGUUAUGAAAAA